CGCGCAUCUGGCAGCCACACUUGGCAGAUCUCUGUAUAGUCCGCCAGCCUUCCUGCUCACAGAAUAUUGGAAGGAGAGUCCAGAGACGGUACGGAGAGAGCCGGUAAACCGGUAAAAAUGGAGAAAGUAUUAGGACUCGCAGUGGUAUCCAGUAUUUUGUGUGUCGGAUCGGUUGUGGGAAAAUACGUCAGAGGUAUCGUCAAUACAAAAGAGGACUGGGUGUUCCUCACAAGGUUUUGCUUCCUGACUGAUUUUGGUAGAUUGGAUUUUAAAUUCCGAUACCCCAGGUCCCGUUGCUGUCAGAACAUAUUGCUCUACUUUGAUGAAAGCUCUCAGUGGCCAGCUGUGUACAAGAGGCCGGAGAAGGAUUGUUACCAGAAAGAGUCAGUACUGAGGCCCGAAAACAACCAGGUCAUCAACCUGACUACCCACUAUACCUGGUCUGGCUGUGUGGUUGAAGGAGAGGGUAAUGAGGAGAUGCUGAGUUGUGUAGGAGGUCGAAGUUUUCGCUCAGUCAGAGAGAGAUGGUGGUACAUCGCUCUUAGCAAGUGUGGGGGAGAUGGGCUGCAGUUGGAAUAUGAAAUGACAUUAACCAAUGGGCAGUCUUUCUGGACCCAGCACUUCUCCGCAGAUGAAUUUGGCAUCCUGGAGACCGACAUCACAUUCUUGGUCAUAUUCGCCACUGUGUUUACUCUGUCUUGUUAUUUUGCUUAUAAUUUAAAGGGAAGACAGCUGCUCCAUACAACCUAUAAGAUGUUUAUGACUGCGGCUGGAGUUGAGGUCUUAAGCCUGCUAUUCUUUUGCAUUUACUGGGGCCUUUAUGCCAGAGAUGGUGUCGGGAAUGGCAGUCUGAAGAUAUUAGGGAAAUUACUCUUUUCUGUGAGCUUCCUGGUUUUCCUGCUUAUGCUGAUACUCUUGGGGAAGGGAUUCACAGUUACAAGGGCCAGAAUAAGCCACAGUGGCUCUGUCAAACUUUCCAUUUAUAUGACAGUGUACACCAUCACCUACAUCAUCCUCUUCAUAUACGAAGCAGAAUUCUUUGAUCCAGGCGAGGUGCUGUAUGCUUAUGACAGCCCUGCAGGGUAUGGUCUAAUGGGUUUGCAGCUGCUUGCAUACGUAUGGUUCUGCUAUGCUGUGCUGGUGUCGCUCAAACACUACCCUGAAAAACAACCUUUCUACAUUCCCUUCUUCACUGCGUACACUCUGUGGUUUUUUGCUGUGCCAGUCAUGGCCCUAAUUGCCAACUUUGGCAUCUCUCGGUGGGCCAGGGAAAAGAUUGUGAAUGGCAUCCAACUUGGCAUCCAUCUUUAUGCCCAUAUUGUGUUCCUGGCCAUCACACGCCCAUCAGCAGCCAAUAAGAACUUUCCCUACCAUGUGAGGACAUCUCAAAUAGGCAUUCUUCUCUCCAGUCCCAAAGGCAUGGGGGCAGAGAGUUUCCCUCACCAUGCUUAUGGGAACAGUUCCUUCCUGGGAGAUUCGCAGCCAAACUUCACAGAGCUAUUCUCUAUACAUUCUCCAGACCCUGUUAAGACGAUAGAUGAGGCGGUGGCCCAGAAGGGACAGGAAGUGCCAAGAAACAGUGAGCAUAAGAUCAUCACCACAACGGCAGACCUGUCAUCUAACUUUUCUCCUCUUCCUCCUCCAAUACCAUCACGUAUCUCUGCCCACUCCCCGCCUCCUCCCAGAUUAACAUCCCACUUCACAGAGUAUUUUAGUAUGCAAGGGGCCACGGGGAUGGGUUCCAGUGCCUAGAGCAGACAGUAGAGGAACAUGCAUGUGGAGGAGGGACAAAGCAAGAAUAUCUACUUUGGAUAUCUAAGAGGUGGAAUCGAUUUAAAUAUUUCAGUAGAUUAGGUUAAGGCAAGCAUAUAAAGGAAGCCAUUUUCAAAAAAAAGUUACCAAAACUUCUGUAUCUUGAAUUUGUAAUGAGAAAUGCAAGGUGCAGAAUGAAGAAAGAGAUCGGGACGUAACCCACUCCCUUUACUCCUAAAAAAAAAAAUAAGAAGCAAUAAAUAUUUCAGUGAGACGACAGAGUCAUUGGAGAGGUAAUAUAUAGGCAGUGCAAUAGAGUGUCAAGAGACAGCGGUGAAUCUAGAAUAGAGCUAUUUAAAACUUAAUGUGACAAUAGGAUAGUGAUGUGUACAGUAACAGUACAGUACAGUGAGCUCAUUUACACUUUUUUUAGUGCUUCGUUCAUUUCAAGUGGUGCUGUUAAUAUUUGAAUUUCCAUGCCAUUUUAAUGACACAGAACCAAGUAUUCAUCUCCCUUACUAGAUGCAGUGGCAUAUUUUUUUACAUUAUUUUUUUUUUAUACAUUUAUUUACAUAAAUUGUCUGUAAAGUUGAGCUCAUUUGGGGUUUAUAUUUUUAUUCACAUUGAAUACAGCUAGAGACUUUGCAAACUGAUGUUAAACUGCAAUGGCAAGUUAACGUGGACAGCUCGGCAGUAUUUGUAUACCAUGCAUGUUUGUGCUUUGUCUACAUUCUGAUAUAUUCAAUGUAAUUUUGGGUGUGCCUAGUUUUCAGUACUAGCAGUCUUCAUUUUGUAUACAGUACACACUGUGUAUAGUUAUGUAGAGAAUAUUUAACUCAAGCAGAUAAUGGAUGAGGACAUGCUAUCUUCAUCCCAGCUCUCUGUAUUGUCCACUCCAUACUAACAGCUUAAUACAGUGUAUGGGUGUGUGGAGUUCAAAAACAACCAUUUUUUUUUUUUUUUUACCUGAACUUGACAGAGCUGUUCACUGCAUGAGUGUUUGGAGUUCAGAUUCAAUUCCUGCAAAUUUUGUUGCACAUUGAAAAGAAUGUUUUACACUCACCCACAGCGGAUCUUCGGUGGAUAUGGAGCAGUGAUUUUUAUUCUAUCAGUCCACUGGGGUUGUUUGUUUACUUGGGUGUCCAAUGAAAUUAUAACUCUACACUUACAAAUACACUUUGUAUUAACUGCAUGGAGCACUUUAAUAUUUCUACACACUUGUUAAAUUACCCAUGGCGACCCUUGCAAAUGCAACCAUAGUGCAAUACGGUGUAUUACACAAUUUUAUAAUGUACAGGUAAAUGUUUUAUCUGUAAAAAUGCCCACAACAAUUGAUUAUGUGUCAUAUUUCUGUUAUAUAUCAACAUCAGCAUACCCUACAGAGAAUAUGCCUGGAAUUGACCUGCUUUAAAUAUAAUCCUAUAUGUUAUGUACGUAAUGGCAUAUUUAUAUUCAAAAUUAUGAUUUUUAAGAGAAGAACCAUACUUGAAGAAUCAUUAAAGCUAGGUUCCAGUGGUUUAAGUUUGAAUUAUUAAUAAAUGGAAGCCACCAGAAAAGCAGGUGAUUUUAAAUGCCGUUGACAUUUCACAAUCUUUUUAGUGAGUGUGCACACAAAGCAAAGAAGAGAGAGCACACUUUUUGAAUGUAUGAAAGAUAUUAGCACAGCACAUUGAGGAGCACAGAAAGAUUCAGUUAAGCACAUUUUUGUUGCACAUGUUCAUACUGAAUGCAUUUUAAAAGUGUCAAAUGACUUGGCAGUACAUACUCUUUUUUGCCAAAUUAAAAUGGUCUGGUUUACUA